UGUGAUGAUUCUUCCCAGUCGGGACUCGAGCAUGGACAUACUCAGGACUAUAACUCACCACCACCAUCAUCAUCACCAUCAUCAGCCUGUGAAUAACGGCAAGAUGUGUGAACACACACACCACAGAGCCACUGAGAGCAGACGAGGGAAAAUAGAAGAUAAUAAUGCUCAUGCCACGCAAGAAAUGUCACGCAUCAUCACGGAUUCAGCCACUGGGAAAUGUUACUGUAGAGGAAAAGUUUUGGGCAAGGGCGGUUUUGCCAAAUGCUAUGAAUUUACAGAUCUAAGCACGGGCAAAAUGUAUGCAGCCAAAAUCAUUCCACACACGCGCGUUUCCAAACCUCACCAAAGGGAAAAGAUCGACAGAGAAAUCGAAUUGCACAGAGCCCUGCAUCACAAACACAUCGUUCACUUCUACCACCAUUUCGAGGACAAAGAUAAUAUCUACAUCCUGCUCGAAUACUGCAGCAGACGGUCACUAGCACAUAUCCUCAAGGCUCGAAAGGUGCUUACAGAACCAGAGGUUCGGUACUACCUCAGACAGAUCGUCUCGGGGUUAAAGUAUCUCCACGAGCAAGACAUUCUGCACAGAGACCUUAAACUAGGUAACUUUUUCAUCAGUGAGUCAAUGGAGCUCAAGGUUGGAGACUUUGGUCUGGCUGCAAAGCUGGAGCCGGUUGAGAACCGUAGAAGAACAAUAUGCGGGACGCCUAACUACCUGUCGCCUGAAGUCCUCAACAAGCAAGGGCACGGCUGUGAAUCUGAUGUCUGGGCCCUCGGAUGUGUGAUGUAUACCAUGCUUUUGGGAAGACCUCCGUUUGAGACCACAAACCUUAAAGAAACAUACCGGUGCAUUCGGGAAGCGCGAUACUCCAUGCCAUCGUCUUUGUCGCCCCAGGCCAAGCAUCUCAUCAGCAGUAUGCUCGCCAAAAACCCUGUGGAUAGGCCACAACUCGAUGAUAUUCUACGCCACGACUUUUUCUGCCAGGGUUUAACACCAGACAGACUGUCUGCUAACUGCUGCCACGCAGCCCCAGACCUUCACCACACCAGCCCUGCCAAGAGCUUCUUCAAGAAAGCUGCAGCCGCUCUGUUUGGUGGAAAGAAGGACAAAGCAAAGUACUUGGAGACUCAAAAUAAACCAACCAAGGAAGAGGAAGACAUAAACAAACUAUGCCUUGACCUCCGGAAAACGUCAGUCAGCCCUCAACCCUGCAGACAAACCCUUGAGGACACUAAGCCCACCAUCACAACUGCUGGAAAAGCAGCUGUCCCGGCGGUAAAGGACUCCAGCAGCAAGCAGCACAUUAGAGACAGUAUUCGAAUGAUAGUGCGGGGAACUCUAGGGAGCUGCAGUAGCAGCAGCGAAUGUCUUGAGGACAGCACAAUGGGAAGCGUUGCGGACACCGUCGCCCGAGUACUGAGAGGCUGUCUGGAGAACAUGCCAGAAGCUAAUAAUAUUCCAAAGGAGAGCAUGAACAGCAGCUUCCAGUGGGUGACUAAGUGGGUGGACUAUUCCAACAAGUACGGCUUUGGCUACCAGUUGUCAGAUCACACAGUUGGCGUUCUCUUCAACAACGGCACUCACAUGAGCCUGCUGUCAGACAAAAAGACGGUGCAUUACUAUGCAGAGCUGGGACAAUGUUCGGUCUUCCCCACUACCGAAGCCCCAGAGCAGUUUGUUGGUCAGGUCACCAUCUUAAAAUACUUCGCCCACUACAUGGAGGAGAAUUUGAUGGAUGGAGGUGAUUUACCCAACUUAACUGAUGCAGGCAAACCAAGAUUGUACCUUCUUCAGUGGCUCAAAUCUGACCGAGCACUCAUGAUGCUCUUCAACGAUGGCACUUUCCAGGUCAACUUCUACCACGAUCACACCAAGAUCAUUCUGUGCAAUCAGAGCGAAGAAUAUCUAUUGACGUACAUCAACGAGGACCGUGUGUCUACCACACUGCGGCUCAGCACCCUGCUCGUGUCCGGAUGCUCGGCGGACCUUCACAGCCGCAUGGACUAUGCACUUAACAUGCUGUUGCAGAGAUGCAACUGAACGAUACGAGCGCACAAAGACUGGGAUACUUUGAAAAGACCAGAAUGUGGAGUACUUAUAGUUGGAUGGGAGAGUGUUGAAGAUGGGAGGAGAUGCAAUGGAUUAUGAGUUUUACAAAUGGACUGAACUGAGCUGGGCUGGAACCAGAGACAAUGAUGAAAUCAAGACAAUUAUAUCUCAAUUAGGUGUUUAUCUUUUUUUAAAUGCAGAAAUCUUGCUUUGUUGAAGCCAAACGGAGAUGUUAACUCUUUCCCCGCCAGUGCUUACUACAAAAGUUGCCAACCAGCGCCUCUGCUGUUGAAUGUUUGAUGAUCACGUUACACUCUAAAAAAUUUGGGAUUGCUUCAACCUAUGUUUGGGCCAAAUAUGGACAAACCCAACCGUUGGGUUAAAUUUAAAGGGGACCUAUAAUGCCCUUUAAAGUCCCCUGUAAAUGGACCUAUAAAGUCUUUGGUAUCCCCAGAAUGUGUCUGUGAAGUUUCAGCUCAAGAUACCCCACAGAUCAUUUAUUAUAGCUUGCCAAAUUUGCCCCCUUUUUGUGUGUGUCCCUUUAAAUGCAAAUGAGCUGCUACUCCCAGCCCCCUUUCCAGAAGAGGGCAGAGCUUUAACAGCUCGUGCUUUGGUUGCUCAAAAACAACAAAUCUGGAGAAUCUCACAGCCAAAAUGUAGUCCUUAAAAAGAAAAUAUCUUCCUUUGCAUUGAACUUUGAGCGUCAGAACUUUGUUUAUGCUCAAACAGCAGCAUUACACACUAACUAAAGUUAAAAAAGUGAAAUCAUAAUCAAGGACCCCUUUAAACCAAUGAUUGGGUUUGUCCAUAUUUGACCCAAACAUAGGUUAAAACAACCACACAUUUUUUAGAGUGUAGCUUACUUCUCCUUCUGGUUUAUGCAGAUCAUCUUCUUCGCUUGUUUUUGGAUUUGGAGAUGCUGUACUAUUUCAGAAGGCGUGUAACAGCGACCCCUACAGUAUAACAGUAAAAACCCAGUUUGCUGGAAAAAUUCGUCAACGGCGGGGAAAGAGUUAACUUUGAGGAAAGGAGGCUUUAGCAAGGCAGGGUGGUUGGAUGUAGCUCUCUUGAGAGCAGAUUUUGUUUAACUGUGAAAACAUUCCUGCUUAAGGACACGGGCUCCAGAGUGAAAUGAUCCGAUGCUGUAGUUCUGCGUGGCCGGUUCCUCCUAUCUGUGUGUCACUGUUCCGGAAGGCGGGAAGAACCGGCUGCAUUUCACUGUGCGCACGCUCUGCAAUGCCAUGGACAUAACUUAUUACCAGAAAGACCCACUAUUUAUUUAUUUAAUAAAGAAGAACUUAGAAUUAUGUCAGUGUUCAUGAGUGAUGUUUCAAGAACACACGUUAUUUAAUUGUUCACUUUGUCCUUUUGCGUCAAUCUCCCAGGGCAUCAUGGGAGUUGAGAUGAACUCAUUAUGCAAGGCCAGUGGCAAAACCGCAAUCGGCGUUUGUCUUGUCUUGAUGUUUGUAUAAAGAUUAAAGAUGAAUAAUAUUGUG